GGGUGUCGGUGUAUUGUGAAUUGAACUUAAAAAAUGUUUUUAUGCAUACAUAUGUUAAUUCGGUAAAAAAAGAAAAGCUAUUUCGAGAACGAUUGGCAGCUAGGCUAGCAUGCUAGCAAUCCGUUAGUUUACGUCGUUUACGUUAGUUCAGGGUGGAUAGUAUUGUUGUCAUGUGCACGUCGCGGAAACCGAGUUAUUUUAUAGUCUUAAAUAUUCUAUCGGUUGUUCAUUAAAGGAUUUUCUCUACCAAAAUGAAGUGAUAUUCCCGUCAUGAUGUCACAAUAAUAAUUUAACUUUGAUCAUCUGAUCGCACCAUGUAGUACUGGUCUUACCAAUAAUCAUACAUUAUGCUAAGCUUAGUAAUGUGAUAGCUGAGAAAAUCCAAGACUAUAAUAUGAUGAUACGUGAAUUAAAUCUGCCCGUUUGUAAAUUGUGUAACAUCAUAUAGUCUUAAACCGGAAAUAAAUGUUUACGAGUAUAACGUGAGUAGACUAUGACAAAUCAUCCGGUGUUUUCUACGAUCCAUACAACAGUAUUUUAUACAUGGUUAAUUCGCAUUAUCAAGUUCGACUAUUUGUGACAAGAUGGAGGUUAUCCGUUUGACAGUUCUCGACGGUGAGACUAUUCUCUGCUUGAGAAUAAUGUCUUGAGCAGAAAAGGUUUUGAAAGUGGCUUCGGAAUUCCCCGUGGGAUCAAUGACGGACCGGCUCUGUCGCCAGCCAAUAACAUGAUAAACACUUAUUUGACCGACAAUGCCUGGUUCUACUGGGUGAUUACUGCUGCAGCUUUCUUUUCCUUCGUUGGUUUUCUUCUAGCCUGCAUUUGCAGCUGUCGAAGACACGAAAACAAGAGCGAGUUUCUGGGGCUUGAGGGUAUGGUAACAAUGACCACUGAUGCUGAGACGGAAGAUUUCAACAGGCCUCCAACUUCGGAAAUCUCGCAAAUUGUUGCCCAGGACACUGUCGAUUGCGGCAAAAGAGCAAGCGGUGCAAACAGGAGUUUACCGGACAUCCCAAAAGACAAACAUGCGGGAAGAGAUCGUGAAAUCGAGUCUGCGCCACAGGAAGUCAUUUACGAAGCAACUGAAAUAAUAGGGGAUACUUCCGAACUUUAUGCUACUGUUCAGGAUAAAAAAAUUGACAAAAAAAGGAAUUUUGAUAAGGAAAUCCGCAGUAACAAUCAGGAAACUUCAUCGAUCCUAGAUGACAGUGGGUAUCCGUAUGCAAGACUGAAUACUUUAGAGUCCGGUAAUGAUGAGCAUCCGUAUGCCCAAGUUCAAAGCAUACAAAAAACGGAAUAUAGUCAACAAAUUAGAAACAAUGUUAACCAAUAUACGGACAACAAUCAACCGUCAACGUCUACGAGUCAUGCCCCGAAUGGCGGGAAUCCGGUUGCUCCACCCAGAACGCGUCGCUCGUCUUCGCACAAUUCUCUUCUCAGUGUUGAAACAACGUGUGAUAUUCAAGCGGCCAAUGCAAUCACAGGGGGGGUACAAGCCAACCAAGAUUUGCCUUACAUGACUCCGCCCAUACUUUUGCCUUUACCACGUCCUCCCCAAUCUCAACAAAAUGUUCCUCAUCAACAUUUUAGCGGCGAUUCACAAGAUUCCAAAGGAUAUACGAGUAUAAGCGUUCGAGAACCAUUGGCGAACAUAAUCGCACAGACUAAAGGCCUGCACACAAAUCGUCAAGGAUCUCGCUCCCUGACCGACCCUCAUUACGCAACCGUUUCCGAUGACUCGGAUGAAAUGUAUGCGGCGAUCGACGAGCAAGAUAAAGUGUAUACAAGCGGGAGUGAGACUUAUGCCCAAAUUCAACCUAUGACGAACGAGGUUAAUCGAACGGUUCAGGUCGAUCAACAGGUUUCAAACCAAGUGCCAUUGAGGGGUUGCGGCGAAGAUUUGAACGUUUCAUCGGCACCACAGCCGCCAAGUGUCGACAGUUUGCGCCACGUUGCUCAUGCUCACUCGCGACAAGCAUCAUCAUCAAGCGCGACGAGCUCAAUAGCGAAUCCAGGUUCCCCGAAGCCAGAAAAGCGACAGGCGAAUUCGCCAUUGCCGCCACCACCUCCGCCCCCUCCAGCGCCGACGGAAAGUGGUAACGGGGAUUUCUACGCAUCGGUUGAUAAGCGCAACAAAAGCGAGGACCGUACAAGAUCGAGCAUUUCAUCGGGAAAGUCUCUGGAGGACAUGUACGCAAAGGUAAUGAAAAAAAAGCGGGACAACGACGAGAAUAUUCCGUUCGACGUUGGCUCUGCUGGGGGCCCGAGUUACGGACCGGAAAUCGUUUCUUCGACGCGGGACGCAUCGAGCAAUAGAAAAUUGAGUUUAGUAGAGAUAAGUAGAGCGUCGUGGUCGAGUCACGAUUCGGUUGAAAUUCAAAAAAGAGAACCAGAUGCGACUCACUCGAAUUUACAAAAUUCGGUGGACGUUUUCAAUGCGGAGAUGGAUUUGGAAUUUAUGAAAAUCGCGAGAACGUACGAACUCGAUUCGCCGUCAGUCUCCGGUGUGGAAGCUGACGGUUACGAACCAUUGGCAAAUCGUAACAAAGUUCAGCAAACAAGCGUGACGCAGAACACUCGUUCCGGACAUAACGAUCCUAAUUACGAAAUGCUCCGACCACAAUUCACAACAAAUGCUUCAUCGAGCAGCCAGUCAAACGUAACGAGGAACGGUAUCGAUGUGCUGCUGCCUAUUUAUUCUCUGCCUUUUAAACAUCGCCAAGUGAGCAACGCUUCGAGCGACGAUCCUGGGUACGAAAGAGUUCGAUUACGACGUCACGUUGAUCUCGAUCAGGAUACCGAUUCCGAACCGAAUUACGAGAGCAUGCCUCACGAAACGAAUGAACCGAAUUAUGCCUCGGUUUGUCGACCCGGUGACAGCGAUACCGAUCCGAAUUACGAGUCCGUCACUCACGGUGAUCCCAACUACGAGAGCGUACGGUAUAUGAGCGUUUCACGAAACAACGAUCCACCCUACGAACAAGUUAAUAAUUAUAAAGAACAAAACAAUGAACGUCCGGACAAUUCUGUUGGUUACGAAAAAGUCAAACGCGGCUCUGGACCGAUCGAUCCUAAUUACGAAAGAAUUGGCAUGACCCACAACGACACGAUCGCUUACAACGACAGUGGCGAUACCGAUGAUGAACAAUACGUUCAAGUUUAAUUUUUUACCAUUCAGAGACUACUAUCGAUUGAUUGGAGCAACUCAAUUAUAAACCCUCGAAAUCAAUACGGUUGAAUUUAAUGACGUAAAGAAAUCGAUUAUCUCUUAUAUAAUUGAUAAUAAUUAAAUAAGGCUAUGCAGUUAAUGAUUGAAUAUGUAUUAUUUACAUAAAAUCAAUUAUUCGUCAUGUAUAAUUCAUAAAGUACAUUAGAACACGAACGUUUGAUACUAAAACCAAUGAAAAAGUGGGAAUACUAAAUUCCCAUAUAAUUUUGCAAUACUAAACACUUUUUCGAAAAAAAAAAACAGUUCGAAGAUGACUCUUGUAAAUACGUAUAUUUUUUGUACUCGAAGGCAGAACGUAUUAUAUACUCUUUUGAAAUAGAAAGCACUAAGUUAUUACUAUUUUUUAUUUAUUAUCAACUAAUUGCAUUCCACGCGGUUAGGGGAUUUUUUUAUCGAGCUUUUCUACGAGGAAACGGAAAAAUGUUUUUAAAAUAUUUGUAAAUCUUUUGCUAAACCUUGACCCAUGGACCUUUUUCUUUGAUUUUUUAUGUUCGACUCGAGGUGAAAAGAAACAAAGAUUUACUUUCCAACCGAGGGUCCCUAAAUUCCAUUUGUGACAUCGAAGGUCAUACGACGAAUUAUUUCCGAAUAAGAAGGUGAUCGAUGAGGUAGCUCAAAUCGAUAAAACUACGGAACAAAACGAAAUAAACUUAAAAAAUAAUAAAAUUACGAUUAAAAUGUACAUAUAGGACUCCAGGAAGGAAUUCGCUCGAUUCAAAGAUCAACGCUGACGAACGUCCUUGAACGAUUUAAAAUAAUGAAAAAGAAGACUACUAAACCAUAAGUUCAAUCAAUAAUUUAUAUAUAAUUCGUGUAAUGCGGAUAAAACAAUAUUUUGUUGAUAGAUUCUUUGAUAAUAUUAUUUUACCAUGGAAGAUAAGCGCGAUUAUCGUAUCCGAACAGUAUUGAGGAUGCUGCAAUAGACAGAAUUGUCAAUUUUUAUAAAAAUAUCAUAAAUCUACGCACAUAUACAGAUUCAUAUGUAUAUGUAUAUUAGAGCUGAGUAGGCAGUUUUUUAUACGAGAAAAGAAUGGCUUUUAGUGUUGAGAAAUAAAAGAAAAGGCAUAACGAUA